CCAUUAUAUAUAGUUCCAUUUUGCAUCACCAUUCAGUAGCUUCAACAGCACAAGCGCAUAAGAACAUGGCUACUUCGAAUGCUGGUGGAAACGCUCUACCAGUCACCGGAUAUAUUGGAGAAGAAGCUCCGCCACCAACCACCGCUGCGAAACCCAGCCGAGGUGGCUGGACCACCGCCCCCUUCAUCUUAGCAACCGUGGCCGGACUGACGCUGGCGGCGGGAGGGUGGCUGAACAACCUGAUAGUAUUCCUGAUCCAACAAUUCAACAUCAAGAGCAUCGACGCCGCCCAGGUCAGCAACGUCGUCAGCGGCGCCACCAACUUCUUCCCCAUCAUAGCCGCCGUCCUCGCCGACUCAUUCCUCGGCUGCUUCACCAUCAUCUGGAUCUCCUCUCUCAUCUCUCUCCUGGGUCUAAUCCUUCUGGUACUCACCGUCACAAUACACGGCCUAAAACCUACAAACUGCACCGGCGCAACCACCACGUGCGACACACCAUCAGCGACUCAAUAUGCAGUGCUGUUCACAGCUCUAUCUCUGGUUUCAAUCGGCCUAGGUGGAUCGCGCUUCACCCUGGCAACAAUGGGGGCGAACCAGUUCACGAAGCUCGGCCACCAAUCAACCUACUUCAACUGGUAUUUCUUCGCUCUGUAUUUCUCUUCAUUCAUAUCCGCCACAGGCAUUGUGUACGUUCAAGACAACGUCAGCUGGGCUUGGGGUUUCGGCAUAUGCAUUGCCGGAAACGUCGCCGGAUUGGCUCUGUUCCUGGCCGGAAAACGGUAUUACUAUUGCCAGGACAAAAUUCAGGGGAGCCCUUUUACUAGCUUGCUGCGUGUGGUUGUGGCCAGCUUUCGGAAACGGAAGCUGAACAUUUCUUCUGAUCAAGGUGCAGAGUGUUAUUACAAUGGAGAUGAUGGGGUUAAAGGCGGGAUUACUGCAGCGGCACCACCGACUAACAGCUUCAGGGUACUGAACCGGGCCGCACUGAAGACUGAAGAAGACAUCGAACCAGCCCGGUCGAGCCCGUGGAAACUAUGCACUGUCCAACAAGUGGAAGAUCUCAAAACACUGAUAAAAAUACUCCCACUAUGGUCAACCAGCAUCAUCUUAGCCACACCAAUAGGAAUCCAGAUCAGCCUCACUGUCCUCCAAGCCCUAGCUACAGACCGCCACGUGGCAGGAUCCGGUUUCCAGAUCCCGGCCGGCUCGAUAUUUGUGUUCUCGUUGAUCUCAACCGCACUGUGCACCAGCCUAGCCAACCACACCCUCUGGCCACUCUGGAGGAAGUUGACAGCUGGCAGAAGGAGGAGGGAUAAUAUUCCCCUGCCCACACCCCUGCAGCAAAUAGGCAUCGGCCACGUGUUCAACAUCGCCAGCAUGGCGGUCUCGGCUCUAGUGGAGUCCAAGAGGCGGGGAGGUGGGCCCCGCCACGUAAUGUCGGUGCUGUGGUUGAUCCCGCAGAUGGUCAUAGUUGGAAUUGGGGAAGGGUUUCAUUUUCCGGGACAGGUGGCAUUGUACUAUCAGGAGUUUCCGGAAUCUCUAAAGAGCUUCUCGACUGCUAUGGUUGCUUUGCUUAUUGCGGUGGCGUUUUAUUUGAGCACCGCGGUGAUUGACUUUGUUCGGAGGGUGACCGUUUGGUUGCCGGAUGAUAUUAAUCAAGGGAGGCUGGAUUAUGUUUAUUGGGUGAUGGUUGUUCUUGGUGUUUUUAAUUUCGGUUAUUAUCUUGUUUGUUCUUGUUUGUACAAGUACAAGAAUGUUGGAGUUGUGGAGGAGGAUGAAUCAAGUUGAUUAUAUAUAUAUCAACUAUAAUAAUUCAAUAAAUAUUUCUAAGUGUUUUUGGUAUAGGGCUAGCACUGGUGUGGAAAUUAGAACGUAAUUUCUGAUUUUUUCCGUUGAUGUCCAUUCGAGUUUUUCUCUAUUUUGGAAUAAUAUUUUUCGAAUUCUGAAUCUUCCAACUCCCUUUUUUCCGAAAUAUUUUGGAUUAGAAAUAUGAGAUUUUGAUU